AUGGAAGAGGCGGUGAGAAAGAGUCAAUUUGAACAUAACAUCAGCCGAUUUCGUAAACAUGCGUGUUUGUCCCGCGGCCUCUUUCUGUCGUCUCGCUCUUUUUUUUGGUUUCCAGUUUUGUACUGCGACCGGCCCCAAUAUUUUUCUCUUUCCACCGACUUCGGUCGCUCGGCCUUCGGCCAUUUUUAAUAGUCUGAGGCUUCUCGACGUUUCCUUUCGAAACGCGUUGCGAAAUGCAUUUGUCUAUAGACAAAUGGUACUAUAGUACUAGUUCGAAUUCGUUUCGAAUCAAUCAAAACGGUCUGCUGUUUCGCACAUGAUCAUCGCGCACUUCUUAUCUGACCUCUCUUUUCAUUCGCUCCCACACAUUUGAAAUAUGACCUCUAGAGGAAGACCUUUCGUGCGCCGAUGAAAAAGUAUUUUUUGAAGCGAAGCCCGUCUGUUUCUCUCCCCCAAAAACUGUCCAGCUGUCCUUGGUCGCAUUGACUUCUCUUUUCGCUCUUUUCAUUUGCUUUGUUCACACACCGCUUGUAAAAACAUCGGAGAACACCACCGACAGUCGCCUGACCACUCUUUCCUCCCUCUCGCCUCUGCUUCACUUCCUUGCCGUGCUCUUUAAACUGAUCUUUUCUGCAGGAAAGAACCAUGUUCGAAUUCUCGUUCAUCGCGGUGCUCAUCGCCAUUGGUGUCUACGUUUAUUUCUGGCUACGCAGAAACGGAUUCUUCGUACCCAUCGAGGUAAUUCACAGGCUGCUUAUCUUUUUAAAUGUAUGCUUUCUUAUUUCAGCCGACCGUGACCACUUCACCUAAGAACCUUGACAAGCCUCUCACUGUGUACUACAAGUAUCAUCUGGGACCGUACCAGAACGUGCUUGAAGUGAUCGAUGAAGCUAAGAAGGUUCUGGCGACCAGUUCCACUGCUGCCACGUACUUUGGAAUCUACUACGACAACCCGGAGACCACAGAUCAACACUUCCUUCAAUCGGCCGUUGGAGUCGUUUUUGGGGCCGAUGGAAAGGAUCUUCAUGAUGAGAAAUUUGCGAAGGACCUGACCGAUAACGGCUUCGAAAAGUUGGUUCUGCCAAAGGUGGAGAGAGCCGUUCAGGCUGUUCAACCAUCGACUGGAGGAUUCUUCUCUUUCAUGGCUCUCCUCUGGUUCACCUAUUCGACCAUCAGACAAUACAUCUCGGAUAACAAACUGGAGACCAAAUACGCGGUCGAAUUCUACACCAACAGCGAUAUUCAUGUCAUCUUCCCGUUGGACAAUGCCGAUGAGUUCCUCGUGAAGGACGUACGUGGCUUUUUAAUUCUUCGCAGGCUUAUAGUAUUAUUUGCAGUACCAAACCGUCGAGCAACUCGAGAGCAACGCCGCCAAAAAGAGAUUCGACUCUUCGGAAGACGAAAGCGAGAGCGAACCAGACAAUGAUGCGGAGCCAGAGCAGCAGGAGAAAGAAGAGUAG